AUGAAAGUACUUACAUGGCCUUCUUCAGUUGAAAAUAUAAGAUUUGGAGAAGAUGAAAUAAAGAUAUUCACAAAAAGAUUUAUAUUAAAUACAGAUAAUACAAUUCAGGACUUUCGAAAAUAUAUUAACAAUAAGAUUAUCGUUGAAGAAUUAAAAGAGUUGAACAUUUUAAUAAACACAUUGCUGGUUUCCACUGCGGAAUGCCAAAGGGGAUUUAGAAAAAUGAAUUUGAUUUGUUCAGAUAUUAGGCCAAGAUUAUCCGUUACAAACAUUUCUAGUAUAAUGUUUAUAAAUAUUAUUGGACCACCAGUUGCAAUAUGGAAUCCUACAAAUUAUGUAAGAAGUUGGCUGAUCAAACAUAGAUCUACAAAUGAUAACACAAAAUUGAAUCAAGAAAAGGCUAGUCUGUGGAAAAUUUUAUAA